CUCUCUUUCAGGAUUGAAUUUCACUUCUCUAAUGAACAACUGGCUCCUUAGAAUAUGUUGUUCUCAAUAAAUCUAUCAAGCCGCUUAAAACAAUGCAUAUGUAGCUAUGCUGCUUGUAAACAAUAUGUAACUGUCCAAAAUAAGAUAUAUCAAUUCAAUUGGAGUCAAUUCCAUACAUCAAGUUUCAAUGCUCAUUACCUCUUCAGUACAUCUAUUAUUAAACCAAGUUCUCAUUCAGUUUCCACCGGGGAGGCUAGUUUGUUGAGAAAAUGUUGUUUUCAUCAGCUGAGCACAAGGCAUAUUUCAACUUCAGCUACUAUGAUGUACCUUGGCCUGAAUGAAGUUGACAGAAAAUCUGGCUAUCGUAGAAAGGAAAUAACUCCAAUUAAAACGUUGAGGCUAGGGCUGAAGCAGUUGCGUCUGGAAGUUUACAAAUGGCAGCAGGAGGUCAAAGCUGUCAUCGAACAAGAUCAUUUGUUUAUUUUUCCAGGAGACAGAGACAUAGUAUGGGAAUUCAACUCACAUCGCAAGAGUCCAACAAGUGGGGGUUAUCGCAGUCACCCGACGGGAGAAGUGAGCAGAAUUAACCCAGUCACAUCAGAGAACACAAUGCAUGACGUGCAAGAGUCAUGCAGUGAGUUUGAUGGCUGGGUCGUCACCUCUGAUGCUGAUAACAAUGAGGGCUUCUCUACUGCCAAGCUCACAACAUCACCUGCUGGCCAUGGAGUCUUCACAGGAGUCUUGUGUACUAGGAAAUCGUUUGGACGGACGACAUUUUAUGACUGGUUCGACUACUCGCACCUGGUGAUCAAGUGUCGCGGCGAUGGACGCAGCUACGCACUUAACAUAGCUUCGUCUGGAACGUUCGACGUUACCUGGAACGACAUGUACACCUACGUCCUUUAUACCAGAGGCGGCCCCCACUGGCAGACUUAUAAAGUGCCUUUUUCCAAAUUUUUCUACAACAGCAAAGGGACGGUCUCGGACAAGCAGUCAACUCUGUUACCGUCCCGCGUGUCUGCCUUUGGCAUUACAGUGGGUGAUAAAAUCAACGCUCCAUUCAGGCUCGAGAUCGAUUACAUAGCCGUCGAGAAUGACCCUCUCCACACCGAAGUAUCUGCUUACGAACUGUACAAAAUGCCAAAUUUGUACGCCGGUCCCUAAAGGGAUGUUAAAAGAAAUUUGUGCGACAGAUUUGUUCAAGUUUAUUAAAGAAAUAAUGUAAAUGUAAA